AUUGAAAAUUAAACCGUUUUACGUGUUGCAGAAUCGGGAAAUAUAAUUGGCAUUUGGGCAUGUCUACGUUGAAAGAACAGAAACAGCUAUUUGUUUCCGACUUGGUGGGGGGCUCGUUGGCAGAAAUUUACCAGGUCGUAGCCGUGUCUACUGUGGCGUACUUGGCAUUUAAGGUGUUCUCUUCCAGCGAAUUCAUCGGAAACUCGAUACUUCUUGAUUUCUUGUUGAACGUCGUGCUGCUUUUGACAUCGAUAACAAUCUACAGCAACUCCAUCGAUACUUUGUAUGGAGCUUUGGUGGCUCCAGUAGCUGUGGCAGGCACAAUGCAGGUAUUAUUGCGGUUGAAAUCCAAGAAGUCUCGAAAUCCUUCGAAAAAGGCCCCUAUAAACACAGAAGUGUUACACAAGAAAGCGUUCCUCACGGCGUAUAGAUCACAUAUGUUGAUACUCACCAACUUUGCGAUCCUAGCGGUUGAUUUCCAUGUGUUUCCCCGAAGAUUCGCUAAAGUCGAAACCUGGGGCACAUCCAUUAUGGACAUGGGAGUCGGCUCGUUUGUAUUUUCUAUGGGGUUGGUCAACUCUAGAUCUAUCAUCAAGCUGAAGAUCAACUCUAUGCAACCGAACAGUUUCGGGUUGUCGAAGUACCUCAGCUUGAUCUUCACGAAUUUCAAGGCCACGAUCCCCAUGUUGGCCUUCGGCAUCAUUCGUUUUGUAAGUGUCAAAGGACUUGAAUAUCAAGAACACGUGACAGAGUAUGGGAUUCACUGGAACUUCUUCAUAACUUUAGGGUUGUUGCCUACUUUUAUAGCCAUUUUGGAUCCACUUUUCGAAUUGGUUCCAAGGGCUUUGGUCGCAUUCCUAAUAGCAGCCACAUAUGAACUUGCGUUGUGCAACACCGGGUUGUUGCAAUUCAUUUUGUGGCCGGAGAACAGGUUGGACAGCUUGGUGACUAUGAACAAAGAAGGACUUUUUUCGUUUUUUGGAUACUUGAGUAUCUUUAUAUUCGGACAGUCAUUUGGCUCGUUUGUAUUGACUGGACGCAAAACUCCUAACAACUUGAUUGGUUUCAAUCUCCAACACAAAUCGCCCAAGUCUUGGUUGACUGUAUCGACAGUCAAAGGGUUGGUCAUAUCGACGGUGUUCUACCAGAGUUUGGGUUACUUUGUGAAAGAGUCGCCAUUAUUCUUCAAUAUUUCAAGACGUCUAGCUAACCUUCCUUAUGUGUUUAUGAUUGUGGCAUAUAACUCCUUCUUCUUGUUAUGUUACUGCUUGUGUAAUGAGCUUAUCGGUGACAACGACACUCAUUCCCAGAUAUUGGAAGCUGUUAAUAAGAACGGGUUGGUGUAUUUCUUGCUAGGAAACCUAUUAACAGGCUUGAUCAAUAUGUCCAUCAACACCCUCGAAUGCGAUACCAAAACAUCCUUCUUGAUCUUGUUGGUGUAUGGGAUCGUUACCAUAUUUUUGGUGGUUGGUUUGGACAAACGUCACAUUUACAUAAAGCUCUAAACUUCAUUACAUAUCUCCACAAAGUACAUUCUACAAAAUAUAUAAAAUUCGCAAGAUCGAUAAAUUGCUG